AUGACCACCACCACCGCCACUGGUGUAAAUGCUCUGCACGAUGUACUUCCACCGCUGCCGCCACAAGUGGGGGUGACCGGAUCCGCCCUUGCACUUGAUCGAAAGGUUCUCCAGGCAUUGUUCGCGUCACUGCGCAUGUCGAUCCCACAAGAUGUUCAGCGACGCCUCCUCUGCAACUCCGCAGAGGAGCUUCAGUUUAUCAUUGCACGGCAGCCGCGGUUGAGUGCCUUUCACCAUCGUCGGCGCGAGUCGCUACGGCACCCCGCUCUCGCCAUGGCAACAAAGAAUUACUACCGUGAAUGCCGGCGUCGACGACUCGAGCUACAGCUACAGCCGACAGCAACCAUGGAGGGCCAGUCACUAUCUCAAGCGACCGGCUCACCUGUUGGCCAGGUUCGCAGCGGGGUGCGUUCUGCGCAGCGUGAGUCGGCAUUGGUGGACCUCCUUUUUUCGGAGUAUGCCCAACAGUCUGCUGGCUACGCCAAGGACCAGGACCGCCAGGGCGAUCACUACGGCACCAAUACCAGCAACGGAACAUCCGGCAGCGGCGGAUUUGCUGCCUCGCGCACCAGUUUGUCACUCAGCAUUUACACAGCCUCUGCUCCCUCCCGGAUGCUGGGCAGAGUCAUCAGCGAGGUGGACUACGAGGCGAGUCUGCAAAUACCUACAACACCGCGCGGUGAUCAUGCCGUUGACUUCAGCAGCACGUUGGCGAGCAACAGGAGCGGUAUCCUGUUGCACCGCCCUUUGUCUCUGAGGUACCCCAAAAGCAGCAACGAGGAGAGCGCCUCAGCCUUCUCUGACGGCCUCAACACUGCCUCGUUCACCCGCUUCGGCUUGAGUGCCACAGGAAUCGAGAACGCCGAAAGCGGUGGCGGCGCGCGUGUGCGGGGGAUGGGCAUGGGCGUCUCUACUGCCUCUACGGCAGACGGGGCCCGUUUCUUCGCACGGCGGAUAGGCAACAACAACAACGCUGCCGUUCAUCGUGGUGGUAGCGGCGGCUGCGGUGGUGGUGACAGGUUUGCCCCCAGCUGGACAGGGGAGAUGCGCGUGCUGCUGCAGCGCCGCAUGGAGGAGGAGCUGGAGGCUGGGACGGGCAACGACCCGUAUCUUUUCAUCUCCGCACGGCCUGUCGAGCACCUGCUCUGCUGCUACGGCGGUUUCUCACGAGACCCAGUGGCCAUGGCGCUUGGCGCGGCAUCACUGGUGGAGUGUGACAACAACAACACGGCCGACACGGACCCGUUCUUCAACGCUAUAGUGGAGGAGGACCUGCGGUGGGAUCAGCUGGCGGAGUGCCAGCGUCAGCUCUUGCGAGCGGCGUGCGGGCCGUGUCGAGCGGCGGCCACCGCUGUAGCUAGUGACCCCCUCGUGAACGACGUUAUUCGCCGCUUCUGGGACCGGCUGACGGUCUCCACAGCUGCUCAGCACGCCCACAAGACUCAGGAGGCACGCAAGUCACGCGCAGCUGCAGACGCUGCUAUUGCAGCCGCAGCCUCUGCGCGGAGCGGGCGGCGCAACGGAGAGGCGGACGAGGACGACUUGAACGAAAUCUCAGAGAACGACGACAGAGGGAGGGAGGAUGCUGUGGCUGGAGGCACCGGCAGCGGUGGUGGGGAUGUUAGCCGCAGAAGUGCCUCUGCCGUCUCCAUUAGUCGUACGAAUCGGAAAGCAUCAAAGCCAUCUCGCACCCCUAAGACAGGGCUGAAGUUGUCGAAGAAAAAGAAGAGAAAGGGCGGCAGCGCUGUCUUCUUCGGCGGGUCUUCCGGGGCGGGCGGUGGGUCUCAGCAGCACACCAGUGUGGCCUACUACAUGACCCCUCUCCAGUACGUUUACCUCCAUACUCGCAUAGCGCACGUGCUCUUACCAGACUGCGAUGCGGCCGAAGUGGAACUGUUGCCAUACAUUCAGGAGGACUUACUUGUGGAUGCUGCGUACGACGAGGGGGACGCGGCGCAGACGUUUUACUUUGGCGAGGCACCACGCCUUGUCGGAGACUCCAGGCGACCGCAUCGCGAGUCUACCACUGCUGUCGGCGCAAGGGCAACGUCGUGGACUUCGUGCAUGGAUGACAAACUGCAUCUGGGCAACUACGACAGUGCGGAGGGUGAUUCAAUGUUCGCGGGCGGUGACAAAGCGCAGCGAGAUGCCUUGCUCUUGCAGCGCCGGUUUCUGUCGGUGCGCCGCAACGGCUACGCUCUGAGCCGAUCGACAAGGGUUGAUGCGACCGGCGUCGGUGGGAUGUACGAGAUGGGUCUGGGGGACGACAGGAUGAGUAUCGGAGUGAGGUCUUCGGUGGCGGUGACGAUCGACAAUAGCACCGUGAUGCGACUUGCCAGCGAAUUUGAUGAGAUCAUUGGCAGGUCGCCUGCCACGGCGUCUCUUUCUCUGAUUCCAAUGAGUUUCACGGUAGCGCAGCUACCUUCACUCACGUAUCCGCAGUUCUGGUGCUCCAUGAUGGAGCUGGCAGACAACUGGACGUGUUGCGCUGGCAACCCGGUGGAGACAGCGAUUUUCAUGUGGGAGCUCUACGCUGAGGUGUUUGCCCACAACUGGGGUGAGGAGGACAAGUUGCUCGCCACUGCGGUAGAGAGUAAAGCGGCCAAGUCCGCCAUGAGCGCAGCUGAGAAAGCAGAGCUAGCGAAGGAGGUGGCGGACACAAUGGAGUCUUUUCAGGCCCUUCUGACCGAGAUGCGAGAGCAGCGGUCCCAGCCAUCUUUGCGCCGCGACUCUCUCAACAGUAUCACAAGCAUGACCAACGUUACCCACACCGCGGCAGGCAGGAGUGGCUCGUGCCGGCAGCAAUUCAAAACAAAGCGUGGUAAAGGCACCCAUUCACCAUCGAUGGGGUCCGCCGACACGGACGAUGAUGAGUCGCUCUUGCUGGCGUCCUAUGUAGACUUGUCACCUUCUGAGUUGAAAAGCCUUGUCGAGGCGAAGGAUGAAGGGGAUCAUAAGUGGGUCUACGUCGAACGUAUCGGCGAGGAUGGGAUGAUGCACCGCUACCGCCGUCGAAUGUACCACGGUGGCCGCCGCUCGAGCUCGUGCAACGCCUCAGAAACGGGGUCGCACCGUGGGUCGUACAUCGUCGAGGAAGAGCUGGACGAGGACGGAGCUGUGGUGAGUCAGCGCAAGUUGCGCUGGCGGAUGACGUUUUCGUCUGACAGCUGGCAGUCUGAGAGCAACAGCUCGCUUUACACGGCGGACGAGGGCGCGUCGGAGUUUCGUCGCAGAAAAUACUACGAGGAUCGGCCGAAGAAGUUGCGGCGGCUGGAGUUGUGGCGCCACGUGAGUGCUAGCCGCGGCGGCAGGGACUCCCGGUCAUCUAGCAUGACCUCGUGGAGCACUAUCGACGACGGCAACAGCGACGAUCGUCGCAACGGGCACCGUCGCCGUCGCCACACUCGCCACACGGGCUUGCGUCGCGAUCACCCACGCCACUCGAGGGAGGACGAUCAGUAUCGGGGCCGGAAGUCCGGACGGAGGGUUGGCCGGAGGCUCCCAUUCAACGAAGGCGUGCCCGACAGUGGUGGUCGUGGGUCACGUGUACACAGGUCAGGAAAGUCUCGACUCACCCAGAAGGAACUGGAGUAUCUGCUGGAGCGCAAGGAAUGGCUGUGCUCCAUGCUAGAGGAAAAAGGGAUUCAGCUGCCACCACAUAUGUUAGACGACCCGGCUGAGCAGGUGCUGCUGUACGAAUUUCUGCGGCUUGCGGAGGGAAGAGAGGGCGGCGGUGAUCAGGGCAGCUGUCUCAGCGGCAGCGAGGACUACUACCACCUUGAGGAUGGCGAGGGCGGCGAUGCAGGCAACCUGUCGCGUCUCUCAGCAUUGCUGGCGCAGGUGCAGGGGCUCACCCUGGACGACCUCGCGAACUCCACCCUCAUGCGGCGUCUCUUGGAGGAGAGCGAGGCAGAGGGGGCACCGCGUCACCACAUCACGCCACAGCAGGUACAGGACAUCUUGAUGGCCCUUAUCAAGAUGCAAAGGCCAGGCGAUGCACGCGCUGACGCGGGUCGCACGGAGCAGAAAAGCGUGCGAGAGCGCCGACUGGAGCUGCUGCGCAUGCUCGAGAAGCAGAGGGCUCUCCAGCAGCAGGGUCAUAAAGAGUCCGCGGCGACCGGCCUCUCAGACAACUCGCUUACCAAAGCAACUUUUGGCCUUACCGAGGUCCCUCCACCGUUUCCUCGUCCGCCGUCUUCCAAGGGACCGCAGGGGUCUACCUCAUUCACGAAGCUUCCCAAGUUCGCUGCCUCACCGCAUCCACACGACGCGCAGUCGAUACCAUCCUUUGCCACGAGCAGCCCACAGCGUGACUUCUCGUGCGAGUCACUGGGGCUGCCCGAGCGCAAAACGCCCACCUCGAGAGAGUCCAGCGUGCCGAGUACUGCGCGACUGUUCGCCAACUCCAUGGCAUGGAAGAUUUUGCCGACGACACUGGCAGAGCGGAAAGAGCUGGAGCGACUUUUUAGAGAGCUGGAGGCCUACUGGGCAGACCGUGUUUCCCAGGGUGGUCGCUUCCGCGUCGACAUCAUCGACUACACUCCUGAGCAGCUCGAGGAGUUCUUCGCACACCUGCACCUCGGUCCCCGGCAGCGUGCGUUGCUGCGAGGACGAGCCCCGCUGGCGGGGGCGACGUCGCUUGUGGGUGGAACAAUGCAUCAGGACGGUUCGCACUUGACGUACAGCGACGGUGUCGCGGUGGCGGCGCAACAACAGCAUGGCCACGGCGCUUGUGGGCAGUCAGCCCCCUCUCGGAUGCCGUUGCCGCCGCCCCUCGCACCAGCGCCUGUCAAGCUAUUCACACUCACCACGGAGAACACCCUCGAGGGGGCCUUGCGCUGCAGUUAUCAAAGCUACCUGAAAGACAAGGCUUUCAGCGAGGCUCUUCACGGAAAUGUUAAGCUGGAUACAACGAGGGGCGCCCAGGCGUCGACAGCAACGCAGUCUCCGCGGCCACCGUCACUCCCUCGCCUGAGGUUGCGUGACUCACGAGAGAAGGCGUCGGGCCAGCAAGCAGACGGCAGGCCGACCACUUUUGUAGCCCCAAGUCCGCCGCCGCCGCCGCCAAAGUCAUCGGUGCCUUCCUCAUCCUUGCCAAAGCUGUAG